AUGAAACUUUGUACUACAAAUGGCGGCAGCCUUUUCUUUUUAUUACUCUCAUUAUAUACUGCACUGGUUCAUGCGUUUGUUGCUGUGCCGACUACUAAUCACCAGCAAGAAGUACAAUUUCAAUUAUUAGUAUUGGCAUCAUCAUCAUCAUCAUCAUCAUCCAUCAAAGAGUAUGAUUUGGCCGUCAUUGGUGGUGGCGUCGUCGGUGCUCAAGCGGCACUGGCUGCGGCUUCGGCUCCAUACUCCAAAAAAGUCUGUCUGGUGGAUGCCCCCCGCGAAUCGGGUGUCUUGAUGAAGGAGGACCAAGACUUGAGCCUUGGAGCACCCACGGGACUCUUUGGAAAGGCACUACGAGAUACCAGCAAACGCAUCAAGGUAUCGACCUUGCGUGGAAUGGGACUAAGGGAGGAUAGUAUUUGGAAUGAAAUUCUGAGUUCCUGCUUUGAUUUGGCCUCGGCGAAUGCCGAUGAUAUUAUACGGCAAUUGGAAGAUGCCAAUGUGGAUCUCAUCGAGGGAUUGGCAGCCUUUGCGGACGAUGGGGAAUCCACUUCCUUUUUUGUCUCCAACGACUCGACGGUCGAAACAAUUAGUGCUCGCAAGAUACUCAUUGCUACGGGGUCCACACCGUAUCGACAAGGAGGGGUUCCCUUUGACAGCAAACGGAUUUUUGAUUCCGAUAGUAUCAAUGGACUCGGAUACUUGCCCAAAUCGAUUGCAAUCACAGGUUCUGGUAUCAUUGCAGUGGAAUAUGCCAAGAUCUUUCGAAAUUUGGGUGCCGAUGUCUCUCUUAUCAUUCGAGAUCAAGUACCGAGGAAUGCCUUGAUGAAGAUUGGUCUGGACAAGGAUAUUGCGGCUACCUUGGUGGCCGAUAUGGUACGAAGUGGCAUUAAAAUUGAACGAGCGGCCCAAGUGGGACUUUUCGACGUUCCAAGUACCUUUCAAGCACCCAUUACCAUUCAGCUCAAUGCCAAAGGAGGUGGUCCUCGAUCUCCCGGACAAGCGACCGAGAUCAAGGCCCAUGCCUACCUGGCGGCGGUCGGUCGCAAACCCAAUACGAGUAAGCUCAAUUUGGCUUCGGUUGGAAUUGAAUUGGACGAAUAUGGUGGUAUCAUUGUGGACUCUACUUUGUGCACCAGUGCCAAAUCGGGCAAUGUCUAUGCGGCUGGAGAUGUAGUGGGUCGUCCCUUUUUGGCCAGUACGGGGACGGCACAAGGUGUGGCGGCUGUCAAUGCCAUGUUUGGGAGUUCGGCCGAACGACCGGGAACGACUUAUGAUUUGCAAUGUGAUGCGGAUGAUCCCACAUGCAAUCAAGAAGGGGCCGCUCAAGCGGGUGUUUGUUUCGAUCCUGCCUCUCUUGCCUCCAAUCCUUUUGCGGUACCCUGUGGUAUUUGGAGUUCCCCCGAGGCGGCGUACUUUGGGUUGUCGGUCCAACAAGCCAAGGAAUCUGGUAUUGACGCGGGAGAAGGGAUUGCCUUGUAUGCAGAAUGUUUGAGAGGACGAGUCUUUUCGCCAAAUGGACUGUUAAAACUAGUCUUUGAAAAGCCUGCAGGACGAAUAUUGGGGGUGCACAUUUGUGGCGACGAUGCCUGUGAGCUGAUUCAUUAUGGUAUGGAGCUGGUCAAUGGCAAGCGCACUUUGAUAGAUUUGACUUCACGACUGUUUGCCGCCGUGACCUUUCACGAAAUGUACCGACUGGCAGCCGAAGAUGGCUUGGACCCCAAGUUGGGCCGCAAACGAAGAGCCGCAGCAGGAAGGGCUCUGGCGAAAAGAAAUCGCAAGAAUCAGGGAAAAGAUAAUGUCUAG